AUGGACAUCGCCAUCCAGCACCCCUGGUUCAAACGUGCCCUGGGCCCCUUCUACCCUAGCCGGCUGUUUGACCAGUUCUUCGGCGAGGGGCUCUUUGAGUACGACCUGCUGCCCUUCCUGUCCUCCACCAUCAGCCCCUACUACCGUCAGUCCCUCUUCCGCACCGUGCUGGACUCCGGCAUCUCCGAGGUCCGAUCCGACCGGGACAAGUUUGUCAUCUUCCUGGACGUGAAGCACUUCUCCCCUGAGGACCUGACCGUGAAGGUGCAGGAGGACUUCGUGGAAAUCCACGGCAAGCACAACGAGCGGCAGGAUGACCACGGCUACAUCUCCCGCGAGUUCCACCGCCGCUACCGCCUGCCUUCCAACGUGGACCAGUCCGCGCUCUCCUGCUCCCUGUCUGCGGACGGCAUGCUGACCUUCUCCGGCCCCAAGGUCCCGUCUGGCAUGGACGCCGGCCACAGCGAGCGGGCCAUCCCCGUGUCGCGGGAGGAGAAGCCCAGCUCCGCACCCUCGUCCUAA